AUGCGUGAGGUGAGUAAAGACCGCGAGUGUGGCGGGUAUUCAAACCAGGAUCUAGGAAAAGAGAGAGAGAGCUAGAGCAGAGCUUGUACAAUGGCUGCCAGUCUGCCUCAAGAUGUGAGUGACAAUGAGGAAGAAAUGGAAAGAUUGGAGCAUCAACAAAGACUGAAGGCGGCCCUCCACUAUACAGUUGGACAAGUCUGCAGUCAGCUAACAGAGACGCCGUUUAGUCGCGAACUAGUGGCUGUUAUCACAGAGACAGCAUUCAACCAGUGUGAGAUCAUUGCUGGGGACUUGGAGGUGUUUGCUAAACAUGCCAAGAGGACGACAGUUUUAAUGGAUGAUGUUAAGCUCUGUUGCAGACGAAACAAGUCUCUCCUGGAGUAUAUUCAGGGUCAAGCUGACAAGAUCAAAGCAGACAAAGCUACUGAAGCAGUGGCUACUGACAAGACCAAGGGGAAGAGUGGAAAAAAGAAAAAAACACUAUCUAUUGAUGAUGACUAGAUAUAGUGUGUUUCAUUUUGUCAUUGUGUUCUUCUGUGCAUCAAUCAUAAGGUAAAGGUCGUUAAUUUAAUUAA